AUGACAAUUUCAAAUAUUUUGUUUAAAGAUAUUAUUCAAUUGCGAGAUGAUUGGGUAUUGAUUGUCAGGGUUUCUAGAUUGUGGAAAUGUUUUAAUUUCAGAAUUGACAACGAGCUGAUUAGUCUUGAUAUGAUUCUUAUUGAUGAAGAGCAUGAUGUGAUGCAUUGGAAUAUACCAAAAAAUAGAGUUGUAAAAUUUAAGAACCAAAUUCAUGAAGACCAUAUAUAUCUGAUUAAAAAUGUGAAGGUCAUACCAUGUGCUGCUACUUACAAGCCUGUUGAAGGUGCUUAUCGUUUACAAUUUCUCAUGAAUACUUCCAUCGAGGAGAUCAAGGAAGUAACAGUUGCUAUUCCAGAGUUUACAUUUCAAUUUGCUAGUAUCAAUGAUUUGUAG